AUGGCGGAUGCACUACUUGGUCCCGUUGUAGAAGUUCUAGUGGAGAAGGCAAUAAAUUUGGCUUCUGAACAAAUUGGCCGGUUUGUUGCAUUCAAGAAAGACUUGGAGAAACUGAGGGAUACGUUGACUCUGAUCCAGGCUCUCCUUCAUGAUGCAGAGGAAAGACAGGUGACUCAACAAUUCGUGAAGCGUUGGCUGGAGAAGCUUGAACGUGUGGCUUUCGAUGCUGGUAAUCUGUUGGAUGACAUCAACUAUGAGAUGAUCCGGCGCAAAGUUGAGAUUCAAAACCAAAUGAAGAGGAAGGUAUGCUUCUUCUUCUCACUUUCCAAUCCCAUUGCAUUUCGUUGCAAAAUGGCCAACAAAAUUCAGAAAAUCAAUAUGGAUUUGGAAAGAAUCAAUCAAGAAGCAUUGGGCUUUGGCCUCCAGCCACAGAUUGGAGCUAGAGAUGCGCCUCGUGUUCUUCCAAAGAAUAGGGAGACUGCCGCUGCUACUGUUGAUGUGUGUUUCGUUGGAAGAGAUAAUGAUGUCUCAGAAAUAGUAAAAAUGUUGACGGCCCCAAAUAAUCAUGAUGAAACUAUCUCCGUUCUUCCUAUAGUAGGGAUGGGCGGGAUCGGCAAGACCACCUUGGCUCGAAAUGUUUAUAAUGAUCCAAAGAUUGAGGAACAUUUUGAGGAGAGCAUGUGGGUAUGCGUGUCGGAUGAUUUCAAUGACAAUAGGCUUUUUAGGCUGAUGCUAGAAUCAUUGAAAGCACAAUGA